AUGGCCCCAAAUCAAAAGCCACAAAAGCCGCAAUCUAAACGCAAGAGAUCAGAUCUCAACUGGAAGAAAGUUGAUCAUAAAUUCGACGAUGCUCUCGGUGAUGGAUGGAUGGGAUUGGAAGAAAUUGAAGGCGUCGACGUUGAUUUCCACGAGGGACACUCUGGAGAGCGUAUAGUACAGCUCAAGCCAACGUCACUCGAAAACGUCGUCGAUGUCCCUUUCGUCGAGGAUGACGAGCCAGCUGGUGCUUUGGAGAACACGGCCGACGACGCUGAACAGCCCGCAAAGAAAAAAUCAAGAAAAGAGCAAAUCAAGUCCGAUAAGCGUCAGGCAGCAAAGAAGAAGCGUGCAUCUGCCAAGCAAGCGAAGAGGGAGGAAGCGGAGGCUAACCAAGAUAAGAAUAAGGAACCUGAGGAAGCCGAGGAACCACAAUACAACGCUGCAGUCUCAAAGAUGCCUGAAUGGUCACCAGAUAAUCUAAACAUCGCUAAAGGCCUCCCACCAGCACUCCUUCACACUCUACACUCCAACUCCAUCACUACACCCACUCCCAUCCAGAAAGAAUCCCUGAAAUCAUCCCUCAUUAGGAAAGAUGUUAUAGGUGUCGCUGAAACUGGCUCUGGAAAGACUCUAGCUUAUGGUUUACCCAUUUUAUCGAGGAUUUUAGAGGGCGAGAUCCCUGCUGAGGCUCUUGCUGCGCUUAUUCUCUGCCCCACACGUGAAUUGGCAUUGCAAGUGGCUGGUGAAUUGAGAAAGUUUGCUCCACAAGUAAGUCAUGUGAGUAGGAGGGUGAACAUCGCCACUGUGGUUGGUGGUAUGUCUAUACAGAAGCAGCAGAGACAGCUCGUCCAUGCCAACAUCGUUGUCGCAACUCCAGGUCGUUUAUGGGAGGUGCUGAUGGAUAAUGGCACUCUCGCUAAACGUGCGAUUAGAAGCCAAUUUUUGGUCAUCGACGAGGCUGAUCGCAUGAUUGAGGCUGGUCAUUUCGAGGAAAUGGACAAAAUACUGCGCAUGACUCAGCGUACUUCCAAAUCCUCAACUGCGCCUUUCCAGGAUGAGUUUGAGUCGACUGAGAUUGGUCUGCCUGAAGAGGUUCCUGCGACUGACGAUAUGCAAACGAUGGUGUUUUCAGCCACCCUCUCUAAAGACCUUCAGCAGAAUCUCAAGCGGAAGCGCAAAGCAGGGAGUGGGAAGAAGCAAUCCACAGUCAAAACGUCUUUAGACGAUCUCUUGAUGAGGCUAGAUUUCCGCGAUCACGAGCCGACGAUAAUAGAUCUAUCGCCAGUGAACAGGGUGGUAUCGACGCUGGAGGAAGCGCGUAUAGACUGUCUAUCCACGGACAAAGAUCUCUAUCUAUACUAUUUCCUACUGCGGUACCCGGGCAAGACUUUAGUGUUUGUGUCGUCGAUAGACGCUAUAAGACGACUAGUGCCGCUAUUCGAGACACUCAAACAACACGUCUUCCCUCUCCACUCGGGACUACAGCAACGUCAGCGUCUUCGCAACUUUGACAGAUUCAAAACACUACCACAAGCAGUGAUGAUAGCUACCGAUGUCGCUGCGCGUGGGCUGGAUGUGCCAGCCGUUGACCACGUCGUGCACUACCAGGUACCGCGUACAGCCGACGCAUACAUUCACCGCAGCGGUAGGACAGCGCGUGCGCAGCGGAGCGGGUUGGCUGUGCUGCUUGUCUCGCCUGAGGAGAGACGCAUGGCGAAUGACCUCCUGCGCCAGCUGAACAGAGACACCGGCCUCGCACAGCUCCAGAUACACUUCAACAUCCUCGAUCAACUUAAGGGACGCAUCAACCUGGCUAAGAAGAUUGAUGAGACUACGCACAAAACUAGCAAGGCCAAGUACGACGCGGGGUGGGAGAAGGAGGCUGCUGAAGCGCUCGGAGUGGAGUUGGACAGCGACCAUGAAGAGACGCAGUACAAUUCUCGCGGACAGAAGAAGAAGAAGGCAGCCCAUUCUCACCUCGACGAGCGAGAAGAAGGUACCUUGUACAAGCAGAAGGAGGAGCUGAAGAGGAAACUUGCUCAGCCACUCAUGAGCAGGGGCAUUAGCAGCAAAUAUCUCACGACAAACGAGUCCUCGUUGGCACAUGAGCUGGUGCACGAUGAACACCACAAAAAUAUACUCGGUGCAAACACAAACAAAGCCACAAACGACGUGCGUAAAGGAGGCAAGAAGUAA